AUGAAGACAAGAAGGAAAGAGCAAAAAUCUUUAAAGAACACAAAAGAAAAUGACUUGACAAUGUACAUGUUGCACAAUUGCGAACAAAACUUCAACAGUGGAAACAGGGACAACCUGAGACAUGAAGGCACAUUCGAAGGCUCCCUCAGCAAAACAACAUCAGCAUUACAAUGCAAAGCAAAACGAAGCGAAGGAGCAGAAAAAUGUUGCACCAUGCAAAAAGAAGGCUUUUCGUUUCAGUCGCGAUUAAAUAUGAGUUCAUUAUUUCCAUGUUUACCAGCAUACUAUAAAAAGUCGCCUGGCCUGAUGAUGGAAUGA